AUGGUGUCAUAUUUCCAUUUUUCCAACAACAUGAAACACCUGGUUUCAUCUAAGACCUUCGGUUAUAUACUGGAAGAAUUCUUCACAGGAUGCAUGCUUGGUGGCUGUUGGUUUGAUCAUGUUAGAGGAUGGAUCACAAAUAAAGACAAAUACAACAUCCUGAUUCUUACUUAUGAAGAAAUGAUCAAGGACCUCAGAUCUGUUGUUGUGAAAAUCGGUGAGUUUGUGGGAAAGAGUCUGUCAGACGCAGCGAUCAAUAAAGUGGUGGAAACAGCCACGUUCAAGCACAUGAAGAAAGAUCCCUUGGCCAACUAUGAAUUCCUUCCUCAGACGAUCACAGACCAUCCGAAGGGACUUUAUUUGCGCAAAGGAACAGUUGGGGACUGGAAGAACUCUUUAACCGUGGUUCAGAAUGAAUAUUUUGACCACGUCUAUCAGGAAAGAAUGAAGGACACACCUCUUAACAUGAUCUGGGACAUCUCAGAAUUGCAGGGAUGAAAACUCAAGCCGUGAAAUCCAUUUUACAAAUUAAUAAAGAGAUAACACUAUCACGAUACUCACAAAAAAGGCAUAAUAUAUAAAUGGAUGUGUUGGCUACACGACCAUAUCAAAACUGACAACAGUCAGACAAUGAUGAGUGUAUAACUGGCCUUCUGA